GCACUUGUUCUCGUAGACACCAUUUAUUCUAUACACGUUAGGGGACACGCGAUGGCGUUGUCCUUCUGGUGGGUAGACAGGGGUGACGAAGAGAAGGAAGACACAGGAAGUGGGGAGAGUUUUGCUCAUAUGAUGAUCUCUUGGAACGUCGAUUCUACCGGGCUUUUAUUACCAAGCACGACAGCCAAGGCCGCAAAAAACGCUUUACAGCACAAGGAAGCCUCGAGGCAAACGUACAACAAAACCAGCAACCCCAUAAAAUAUUGCGUUUGUCGUCAGAGAGAGGCGCCCAACGAGUUACUUAGCCUAUCAGGUGAGUCAAUGGCCCUGCAUGUUCUGCUGGUUUGGAAGCCAUUGGACGAAUUCGUUGGGCCGCCGCGUUCACUGGACGCCUAUCCGACUUGUGACAAUAUGUUCCAGCUCCUAUACAUGCCACCUAUGCGAAUUGGCAAGGGUUUAGACGAGCCCCAGCGGGCCCGAGUGGGUAGCCUGAGUGGCGUAGAUUCCACAAUCGUCGUAGAUUCUCUAACAAAAGAAGGGGAAGCUUGCCAG